UAGAAGUUGGAAGCCUGCACACACACCUCUUGAAUCUUGAAGCAGCCAACAAACCACGAUGAUUCUGAAAUUGGUAAUCCAUUUCAUCAUUUUGGUAAUAUGGUUUAUACAUGUACAGGUAUCUGCACAAGAUUACCUACAAGUAGCAAAGCCUGGCUGUGAUUCGAAGUGUGGAAAUCUUCAAAUUCCCUUUCCGUUUGGAAUGAAUACUUCAGAAUGCUACUUAGGGAAAUGGUUUGAAAUAGAAUGCAGAAACACUUCCACAUAUCAAACACCUUACCUCAAGUCAAUAGGACUGCAAGUCACAUCCAUUGAUGUCCAACAAGGCACGGUUACUAUCAACAAUUCCAUUUACCGUAAUAACUGCGGAACCAGAGAUUCUACGCCGGUGAACCGGUCGCUGGAAGGAAGCCCUUUCGUGUAUUCGCAGGAACACAACAAAUUUGUGGCCGCAGGUUGCAAUAUCAUUGCAAUUUUGCAGAUAAAUGGGUCAGAAGGUAGCGGUUGUGUGUCCAUCUGCGACCAAGACUUCAAGGUGGAUGAUAUUGGGAAAAUGGAGCUUGAAAACAGUGAUUGUAAUGGGAAGUCCUGCUGUCAGAAUUCACUGCCACCGUAUCUUAAGGAAUACAGCACUGAAGUAAAAGGUUUGAAGGAGAAUGAAACGGAUGGUGAGUGUAGUUACGCCAUGGUUGUACAGCAAGUAGGACUGUACUCUUAUUAUACUCGCAAAAGCUACUACUUUCCUGUGAAUGGUGAGAUGAAGGAUGUGGAUGUGGUCCCUGUGGUGCUUGAAUGGGAGAUUCCCAACAAUUUGACGCUUAAACUUCCUCCAGAUAAUCUCUCCUACUGUUCUGACACUAAUGUUACUUCUUCACUCUAUAAACGUUCAGGUCAGAGAUGUUCCUGCAAAUACGGUUACAGUUACGAUUCCAAUCCCUAUGUUGAGGGAGGUUGUUCAGACAAUGACGAUCAUCCGUUCUACCGGAAUUCGCCGAGUAACGUACCAAUAUCUGUCAUAAAAGGAAUUUCUACCAGCUUUGGAUCUAUCAUUUUACUUCUUAUUUUAUGGCGGGUGUUCAAGGUUACAAAGAAAAUCAUAAUGAAGAAAUUCAGAGAAAAAUUCUUCAAAAGAAAUGGAGGAUUGUUGUUACAACAAAAAUUAUCUUCUAGUGAAGUUAAUAUGGAUAAAGUUAAACUCUUCAGCUUAAAAGAAUUGGAGAAGGCCACCGAUAACUUUAAUUCAAACAGAGUACUUGGAAAAGGAGGUCAAGCUACUGUUUACAAAGGCAUGUUGAUAGAUGGAACAAUCGUUGCAGUGAAAAAAUUUAAGGUCCAAGGAAAGAUUGAAGAAUUUAUCAACGAAUUUGUCAUUCUUUCACAAAUUAACCAUAGGAAUGUGGUUAAGUUAUUAGGAAGUUGUUUGGAGACUAAAAUUCCUUUGCUUGUUUAUGAAUUCAUUCCUAAUGGUAAUCUUUUCGAGUUCUUGCAUUUACAAAAUGAGGAUAUGCCAUUGACAUGGAACAUGCGUUUGAGAAUUGCCAUUGAAGUUGCAGGAGCUUUAUUUUACUUGCACUCUGCGGCUUCUCAACCUAUUUAUCAUAAAGACAUCAAGUCAACAAAUAUACUGUUGGAUGAAAAGUAUAGGGCGAAAGUAGCAGACUUUGGUACAUCAAGAAUGAUUUCUAUUGAUGUUACACACCUUACUACAGUAGUUCAAGGAACAUUUGGAUACUUGGAUCCUGAAUUUUUUCAAACUAGUCAAUUCACAGAAAAAAGUGAUGUGUACAGUUUUGGAGUAGUUCUUGUUGAACUUUUAACAGGACAAAAGCCAAUAACCCUCCUAAGUCAAGAGGAAGCUAAAAGUUUAGCUUCGUAUUUCAUCAUGUGUGUAGAGGAAAAUUGUGUGUUUGAUAUUAUUGAUGAAAGAGUGAUGAAGGAAGGGGAGAAAUGUUAUAUCAUGAAAGUUGUCAAUCUUGCAAGUCGAUGUUUAGAACUGAACGGAAAGAGGCGACCAACUAUGAGGGAAAUCACAUUGGAAUUAGAAGCUAUUCGAAAAUUGGAAAAUGAGUCUAAUGCACAAGGGAAUGGUGAGUUUGUUAGAAGUGAAGACUAUAAAUCUUGGGAUGAUAAUUCUAUUAUAUCAGAAAUAAUGUCAACUAUUGAUCAAAGUAGCAGAACAACAAUCUUGAAUGAUGUUCAUAUUGUUACCAUGUGAUAGAUGGUGAGGCAAUUGAAUUCAUGAAGAUCUAUGGAGGAAUUGAAGAUAUUUAACUCUUUGAUUAUGAAGACUAUCAUAUAUAUAAUAUUUGCGGCUCCCAAAUUUUUUUUUAUAGUAGUAUGGAUAGUGUUGUUUGUUAGCUAAAAGAAGGAAUCCCUUACAGAAGGAAUCCCUUACAGCAUGUGUGUGUCAUCAACAACUUGUAAUGAACAUCCAUAAGAACAAAUGUGUCAACAACUUGUGAUCCAUAGUGAAACCUACUCAUUUGUCCUUCUAGGUGUAUGGAGAUGUUUCUUUCCUUGUUAGAGUUUACAGGUUAUACUAGUUAGGGGGUUAUAGUUUGCAUAAAAGAUUUUAGUUUUCUUUUGUUAUAUUUUUUUUAAUGUAGAAUUAUUGUUAUCUUUUAUAAAUAUUUAUUUGUGAAAUUACAACAUGCUUGCCAAGUGCAAAGACAUAAUUUCAA